GGCCGGGGAGCAGAGUAGGGCCGGGCUGGGUGAGCGCACGGCCAUGGCCCCGUGGCUGCAGCUCUGCUCUGUCUUCUUCACAGUCAACGCCUGCCUCAACGGCUCCCAGCUGGCAGUGGCCGCAGGCGGCUCCAGCAGAACGCGGGGCGCCGACACCUGUGGCUGGAGGGGAGUGGGGCCGGCCAGCAGAAACAGUGGGCUGCAUAACAUCACCUUCAGAUAUGACAACUGCACCACUUACUUGAAUCCAGUGGGGAAGCACGUGAUUGCCGAUGCCCAGAACAUCACCAUCAGUCAGUAUGCUUGCCACGAUCAAGUGGCAGUCACCGUUCUUUGGUCCCCAGGAGCCCUCGGCAUCGAAUUCCUAAAAGGAUUUCGGGUAAUACUGGAGGAGCUGAAGUCAGAGGGAAGACAGUGCCAACAACUGAUUCUAAAGGACCCGAAGCAGCUCAACAGUAGCUUCAAACGAGCUGGAGUGGAAUCUCAACCUUUCCUGAAUAUGAAAUUUGAAACAGAUUACUUUGUAAAGAUUGUCCCUUUUCCUUCCAUUAAAAAUGAAAGCAAUUAUCACCCUUUCUUCUUCAGAACCCGCACCUGUGACCUGCUCUUGCAGCCGGACAACCUGGCCUGUAAACCCUUCUGGAAGCCUCGGAACCUCAACAUCACCCAGCACGGUUCAGACAUGCAGGUGUCCUUCGACCACGCACCCCAUGCCUUUGGCUUCCGUUUCUUCUAUCUUCAUUAUAAGCUCAAGCACGAAGGACCCUUCAAGCGAAAGACCUGUAAACAGGAGCAAAACACAGAGACAACCAGCUGCCUCCUUCAAAAUGUAUCUCCUGGGGAUUAUAUAAUUGAGCUGGUGGAUGACACUAAUAUGACAAGAAAAGUGAUGCAUUAUGCCUUAAAACCAGUGUAUUCCCAGUGGGCUGGGCCCAUCAGAGCUGUUGCCAUCACUGUGCCCCUGGUUGUCAUAUCGGCAUUUGCGACGCUCUUCACGGUGAUGUGCCGCAAGAAGCAGCAAGAAAAUAUAUAUUCACAUUUAGAUGAAGAGAGUUCUGAGUCCUCCACGUACAUCACAGCACUUCCCAGGGAGAGGCUCCGGCCACGGCCCAAGGUCUUCCUCUGCUAUUCCAGUAAAGAUGGCCAGAAUCACAUGAACGUCGUCCAGUGCUUUGCCUACUUCCUCCAGGACUUCUGUGGCUGUGAGGUCGCUCUGGACUUGUGGGAAGACUUCAGCCUCUGCAGAGAAGGGCAGAGAGAAUGGGUCAUCCAGAAGAUCCACGAGUCCCAGUUCAUCAUCGUGGUGUGUUCCAAAGGCAUGAAAUACUUCGUAGAUAAGAAGAACUACAAGCACAAAGGAGGCGCCCGAGGCUCGGGGAAAGGGGAGCUCUUCCUGGUGGCGGUGUCUACCAUUGCUGAGAAGCUCCGCCAAGCCAAGCAGAGCUCAUCCACGGCGCUCAGCAAGUUCAUCGCUGUCUACUUCGAUUAUUCCUGCGAGGGAGACGUUCCCGGCGUCCUGGACCUGAGCACCAAGUACAAACUCAUGGACCACGUCCCCCAGCUCUGCUCCCACCUGCAUUCCCAGGACCUCAGCCCCCAGGAGCCGGGGCUGCACCCCGGACGCAUUAGCAGGAGGAACUACUUCCGGAGCAAAUCGGGCCGCUCGCUAUACGUCGCCAUUUGCAACAUGCACCAGUUUAUCGACGAGGAGCCUGACUGGUUUGAGAAGCAGUUUGUUCCCUUCCAUCUCCCCCCACUCCGCUACCGGGAGCCGGUUCUGAAGAAGUUUGACUCAGGCUUGGUUUUAAACGAAGUCCUGUGCAAGCCAGGGCCGGAGAGCGACUUCUGUCUCAAGGCCGAGGCCGCUGGCUCCGGGGCGCCGGCCGACCCCCACAGUGAGGGCCCGCAGUUCGGCCCGGACGAAGACGCGGAGGCCGGGCCCGUUCCGGGCGCCAGCGCGGUCCUGCGGCCCCUGCUGCACGCAGUGAAAGCCGCCGGCCCCUCAGACAUGCCACGGGACUCGGGCAUCUACGACUCGUCCGUGCCUUCGUCCGAGUUGUCCCUGCCCCUAAUGGAAGGGCUCUCCACGGACCAAACGGAGACGUCUUCGCUGACGGAGAGCUUGUCGUCCUCUUCAGGCCUGGGUGAGGAGGACCCUCCCGCCCUUCCUUCCAAGCUCCUCGCCUCUGGGGCAUGCAAAGCAGAACCUGGUUGCUGCAGCUACACUGGUGAACUCCACGCGGUCGCUCCUUUGUAACAAAACGAAGAGUCUAAGCAUUGCCACUUUAGCUGCCGCCUCUCUCUGGUUCCCCAGCUCGUCUCUCUGGGUACGUGGCCCACUUGGAGCUGAGGUCUCUUACAAGGAUAUUCAGAAUGAAAUCCUGGCCAGUACUUGCUGUCCUUGCCUCUCUUCUCUACCAGGUAUAUUGGCAGUCUCCAGUUUUCUGAAACCAUGUGGAGCUCUGAAAGGCAUGUCCAUUAUGUCUGACAGCAGCUUGCCAUGUUGGGUCAGACUGGAUUAGAGCCAAUUCUGAGAGGUAGGGAGGAAACAUGUAAAGAGAAACAGGAAAAUGCCCACACUGAUUGUUCAGACUUAACUUAUCUGUGCAAACUUUGCCUAUUCACUACUGGCUACUUUGAUUUGAAAUGCUUUGUGGAAAAAGCACUUUGGGUGCCACUACAGCCAUGGAAAUCAAGUGCCAGUCUCUCUGGAAUCCAUGUUGUUAUAGAUGUUCUUUUCCAUUUUUGAUGUGGAAUUUAUGAUACCAUUUACAAUGCCAUGGGUGUUAAAAAAGCUCUGAGUCGAAGGUCAAGAAGGUGACUGAAUAUUCAAUCACCUUUCGUAAAAAUGAGUUUUUAUGUAUUAGCGGGUGGCAUAUCUGGCAGAGGAGGGAGCCGCAGGGCCAGGCUGACCAUGUAGACUAUUCUUUCUGAGAUGGGUUGGUCAAUGUGCAGAAGGCACCAGGGCCACAUCUUGAUCUGAAUAGGCAUCCUGGAGGGGCCAGAUCUCCCUGCGAGGUUUCCCGUGGUUAUAUUUACUGUGCUGAAUCUCAGAUGUUGGUGCCUGGAAGUUUAUUUUUAAGAGACUGAUACCCAACUGGGCUGUAUUACUGGAAGUUGUAAUUUUUGCUUUGGUUGGCCUCUGGUCUAAAGCUGUGUCCGGAAUGUUAGGGAUCCGAAUCCACUGACAUACGGCAGUAGGUGGAGGUGGUAGUCACUUAAUCUGCUGAACUUGUUUUGACUAAUGACAAACCUCUUUUUAAGAAGGUGAAAAGGAAGGGAUUGUUACAAAGAUGAGCAUGCUCUUUGAGUAUCAUCUUUGGAAGACAUGGGACCUGAAGUCAUUAAAUUCUUGAAUCUUAAAGUACUCCCCCCACAGCCCAGCCUGUGAAUCAGUUUUCACUUUGUUUUUGUUGUACUUACCCAAUGAAAGAUUUGUCCCUUGUGCUCCAUUCUGCCAAAAAUAGGUAUUGAGAACUUAAGAGGAAAGAAUUUGCUUUAAAAAGGAGAAGUAAAUGUUCUGUUUUUAUGAAUGACUUCUGUACAGAAUUUUUGUUUCCAAAGGGAAAAUACUUGUUCCCUCCUCCUCCCGGUGACCUUGAGGGGGAGUGAGUGUCUUUUUCCACCUUUUUCAUAGAUGCUGCUGGAUUUUGGCACCCUGUUUUCUCAGCACCCCUACCAGGGACCCUGGUUUUCACUGCUUCACCAUAUAGGACCAGUGUUAAGCGGGGACACUGAGAAACAUCCCAAGGCCGGAUGGGAAGUAAAGAGGGCAGGACUUUUCCUUCCAGGCUCAUGCCCAGCAGGUGGGGAAGGGAAGGUUUGCCCCCCUGAUGGAAAGAAGAAGUUUGCAUUUAUCUUUGAUGCAAAUGCCACACUCCCUGCUCUGUAAAGGCAGCUGGCAGCUUCUUGGGAAAAGAACGUGCUUGUCUGUUCUCUGGCAUCAAGUUUCCUGCAGCUGCUCUGAGGUAGAGACAAGUGGGCUGCAGAACUGUCUCCCCCAUAAAACCAGGCAUCUUGUUGGGGAAGAGAUGUUCCAUGUUGUCACCGUGGAAUCUGAGAUGAGCACAGAGCUCCUGCCCACACGUGACUGUCCUGCCAUUCCAUUGUUGGCAUAUGUUCUGUGAAGGAGAUUGGUCAGUCCUAUUAAUGUACGAAAAUUCACUUCGGAACAUUUUCAGAGUGAUUUCUUAUUGAAGCCAAGAAAUGGUGCAUGCCCCAAAGGAACCAUUAGGUGCUGCCUUAGGAUGGAUACUCAACUUUGCACAUGAAAGGAGGCAUCUCUGAGAAAGUGGCCCCAGGGACAGUGUGGAGGACUGGAGAGGAAACAUCAACUGGGCUCCAUGAGCGUGGGCAGCGAGCUUGCUAAAUAAGCUCACUUAUUAUGAAAAUAGAAGGGAAAAUUGUGAUAGUCCCAAAAUCAGGUGAUGCUUUAGUUUGGAUUUAGGAUUUGGGUACUUAUUUUGAAAUACAAAUGAUUGUGUUCAGCAGAAUCAAACUCUUUUUUUUUUUUUUGCGGUACGCGGGCCUCUCACCGCUGUGGCCUCUCCCGCCGCGGAGCACAGGCUCCGGAUGCACAGGCCCAGUGGCCACGGCCCACAGGCCCAGCUGCUCCACGGCAUGUGGGAUCUUCCCGGACCGGGGCACGAACCUGUGUCCCCUGCAUCGGCAGGCGGACUCUCAACCACUGCACCACCAGGGAAGCCCCUCAAACUCUAUUUUACCAAGUAUUGAAAUGACAGCGUAAAUGCCCAAUUCUGAAUAGUUGAGAAGUUCAACUUCCUGGUUUUAUUAGUUUCACUUUUUUUUUUAACCCUCCCAUCUCAUGCUGCGAAUAAAACAUUUAUUUUAAGCAGAGCUGCAUUUUUGACUCACAAAUGGAGUGGACAGUGAAAAUGAUAGGACAGAAUUCAGGUAAAGGUUCUGCCAAGUCACAGGCUUUUAGACAUUGGGGAAACAAGAACUAGAAUAUAGGGAUGAUCUUAAUGAAAGGCCUUCAUCCUGAGAGUAAAAGGCUCUGUGGCUCUGAUGGUGUCCUCUGUACAGGAGACCAGUGCAGGUAGUUGAAGUUAGGGAGCUAGUUGUUUAUCUUAACUCACCAAAGCCCUACACAUCUGACGCAUCUGACACAUUAGCAUUUGACACAGUCAGCUUUGCUAAGAGAGUGAGCAAGGAGGUGAAAGCCCAGGAAAAGGUAUGUUCUUCUCUCAGGUCAGCUACAAGCAACAGGGACUACCUGGAUGGGCCCAGCCCAGUCAUACUGGGGCAGGAGUCCUCUAGAGGGCUGAGUUCUGGGCCUUUGAGGCAUAUCGAUCUCCGGAGAGAAUGAGAAGUCAUUCAGGUCCAGGCCCAGGUACUUAGGUGGGUGACCCAGCCAGGUAAUAGUAUUUUGAGCCCAAAAUGAGAUGGGGCAGUAAAUCAUCAGACAGAGUUUUUGGUUGACAUAUUAAUAAUAACUGAGGACAGUCCCAGAUCAGAAGUUCAAAAAAUGCCCUAGGCAAUGAUGACAUCGUUGGAAUCAAUGUAUAGUAAUUUAAGUUCAUGUAUGUUUGUCACAGUUUAGUCAUGCUACUUUAUAGCUACUAGUGUCAUUUAAAAAAAACCCUAGUCUCAGGUUACCUCAUUUAAGCACAGAUAAACAGGAAAACUGUUCCCCCAAAGUUGUGGGGUUAUGUGAUUUUCAGAACUUUUCCUUUUUUCAGAGUUGAGUAUCUUUUCCUUUAAAAGAGACAAAGGAAGGAAAAGGCUAUUUUAUUCCCGGAGAAGAAAUGUCACACUUUUCUCCCUAAAGAGAGAAAACCCUGCAGUCCCCAAGCACCUCAACACUAAUUUGGCUCUUUGGGUCUUUAUUGGAGGGAGGUGGACAAUGCCAAUGAGAAGAUUAUUAGCCUUUUCUUUUUUAUAUUGUUGGUAAAGAGUGCUGCUCUUAUUUAACAGAUGCUGUUCCUGCAGGGGGCCCCACUGUAGCAAGUGUUAUGAUAAAUAAGGUGUAAUGAUAAAUGACAGUGACAUGCUCUCUCGGUGUCAGAGAGACAAUAGGGCAUAGUGGGGACUGUGGCAAAUGGACACCCUCUGUCCCACCUGCAGGGAGCAGCCAGUCCAGUCACUUGUGACCAUGCAGUGUUUCCUGAUUGUCCCAUUUUUCAAGAGAACCUGAGAAUCUGGAUGUUUACAUGAAAAAUUCUGAUUUUUUUUUUUAGUAUUGACAACUAAAUUAAAAACAAAAUUUUAAAUUGAAUUCAGGCCCAAUGGGACAGAUGGGUGGACCUGAUUUGGCCCGAUAGCUGUCAGUUUGCCCCCUCUACUUAUAAGAUUUGAAAAGAAAGGCAUCCAUGGUAAUUCCAGAUGUCUGGUGCCACCAGAAAAUGCUCUUACUAAAUGCAGCCGGGAGCUAGAUUGCUUUUUUUACCCACUGCUCCCCUAAAGAAAUUUGAUAUGAUUGUGAAUAUAUUUGAAAUCUUUUGAUUGCUUCUUCACACUUCAUGAUGUCUUAAGAAAAAGGCAAGCCAGUUGUUAAUUUCAAAGUCAGCUUUGUGUUCUCCCAAUUUAACAAAUAUGACACUUGGAGCAAUUUCAUUUAAACUCCACAACCUGAAGGACCUUAUUUAUAGUUUUAGCUCUUGGCUUAAUCACUGUUUUAGAUGAUGUGUAAUUCUGAGCUUAAGCCAAGACCUAAUAAGGAAAGCAGGCAUUGUGAAGGUAGGGCAAGGAAUCCUGAGUGUCCACUAGAGCCAGGUAUGCUUUGUCUUCUGUUUUAAAUGAUCUGUGAAUUGAUCUGUUUUGGAGGUGUGCAACUGUAUACGGAGAUAUCAGUUAGAGUCCUUAUGGGUGUUGGGUCAUCCUUGCUAUAUCACCUCCUUUCCAGGGUCAGGGCGAAAAUAAAAAGAAGUCUGAUUGUAAGCCAAUAGCUUUGAUUCCGAUUUCAGAGCUUUGUGGGUGACAGAAAGUUUGAAUUAUCUGGCAUGUACACCCCUGGUGUCAGGGCUGUGCGUGAAUUAUUUCAGACAUGUAGCUGUGGAUGGGAUUCUGGAUUUUCAGUGAAGGAGAGUCUGUAACCUACCCUGCUGAUCAGAUAGUUCUUUGUACAUCUUCCUUAUAGAAAUUCAAACCAGCCUUCCUUUGUUCAGCAUGUAGUGGGAAAAGAACAGCUGGUCACCUUCCGUGUAUUUGAAAACCACAGUGAAGUCAUCGCUCUGGUGUUUUUACUUCAGUGAUAAAUAAUCCCACCCCUACUCGUUCCUCACAGCUCGUUUUCCAAGGGCUUAAUAAUUUUCACUGCUCUUCUGUUUCUCAGCUUCACACUCAGUUUAGUUGCCCAAAUAGAAGGUGGUGCCUUAUUCACAUUGGUGCCUUGUGAAGGCCAAGCUCAGGAUGGGGAUUAACAGAGAAAUUCUUAUGUACCCUGCUUCUCUUACUACUUAAAAAUACAAAGGCACUUUUAAAAAAUGGUAUAUCACCUGAAUUCAUUUUGUGAGUUGAUUACCACAAUUUUUUUUCUUGGCAAUAGUUUUCUGUCAUAUAUGGGUUUUUUUCCCCUCUUGUGUUCAAACACUUGGUGCUUAUUCCUGAUGUGUCUAAUGUCAUUCCUGAGCUUCUUCAAGAUACUCUUCAAGACCAGCUCUUACCUUCUGAGUGGCAGCCACCCCUCAUUUCCAAUUUUGGAUUCUAUUUUUAUGUAUCUCUAGGCAUUACUUUUAAUUCAUGACUCACAGUAUUAUUAACUGGUGCAGACUUCAGUUUAGCCACAGGUGAAAUAGCAGUUGCUAAGGGCUAAUUUGCUAAGAGGUUGAAUGAGGACCUCUUGGGAAUUUUGGUCAGUUGUCUUCCCUCCUGCUGUUCGGCUCCUCUCCAAAAUUCAGCGAGGACCACAGACUCCUCAAAGGGCUUUUCCAUUUCUAAAGGGCUGGAGCCAUAGCUCUGAAUUGACCAAGCACUGUGGUUUGCACAAGCAGAAGUCUGACAAAAGCAAACCAUUAUGACUGCAUAUGUGAUGAUUUAUCAAAGACGAUUUCAGUUGAGAAGAUUCAAAGAAGCUAUCUUCUGUUUGUAUGUGACAUAGACAAAGUUGGCUGCUCCAGUCAUUAGAUGAAAAGUUACAAUUGGAUGAUGCUAAUGUGUAAUCGUAUGUUAUUUUUAACAAGAGUCUUUUUUUAUGUCUUAAGAAAAAAAUGUAGUGAGUUUGGAGAGAGCAAAAACUUUUGUAAAAACCAAAUGUAUUCAUUUAGAGAGUAGGUAACUUCUAUUUUCACUGUUGGUUUGUUUUGUUUUGUUUUUCACUGCAGAAGCUCCCUGCUACUAUGUUCUGGGGGGAAAGCCUGUGGAACAGUGGUUAUUGCCAUUGUCUUUGUUCCAUCUUUAAGUUUCUCUUUAGUGAGGUUUGGUGGAGUAGUGAGCACUGACUGGCAGACUGUAGCAGUAUGCUGUAUUUUUACAUUGAAAAUGUUAUCAUCUUAUUUGAUUUGUACAUAACUCUGUAAAU